UAACACCACGAUACUUCGCUCACAGAUGGUUGCUGUGUUAGCCCAACUGGUCGUCCCCAGCAAACAUGUCGUGAAUUGCGCGAGAGAAUGUUGUGCGAGGCCAAGACAGCGCGUGAAAAUAUUCUACUGUUGCAGUUGUUGGAAGGAAAAAGUUCCAAAGGAAACAAGCAAAUAUUUGCAAAAUUUGUGAGUUAAAGUGUAUUAAACUUCAAUGAAAUGAAGGCAUAUUUUAUAAUUUCAAAAAAGCAGUGCAUAAAACGAGUGUUAAUUAGCAGGAAUGCUGUGGGAAUUCCGAGAUUAUGUUAUUACGACAAGGAAUCGAAUAAAAUGUGACCCAAUUUGUUGUGUGUGCAUGUGUAGUGAAGCUGAUUGUGCGAGCGCAGCAACCCAACAACAAUAACAACUAGCGAAUGAACAUAGAAACAUAAAAGAUAAUUGAGAGAGUAAACGCUAUAGUAGCGUGAGUGUAAAUUACCCAAGAGCGCUAUCAAAGUAACACGAGCGUACUCGUCGAGUGGGUUGUGCCACUGACAGCCAGCAAUAACAGAAACACACGACAACAAAACACCGUAUAUUUUCAAUAGCAGCCUAGCCUCUGACGGCUGUAUUAUUUCGCGUCCUUCAUUUAUUUACGCCAGUGAAAAUAUGAAGAUCAAUGCAAAAAUGGCCACCCCUAUAGAGGAAAAGGUCGACCAAAAUUUAAAGAUCCGUACUGGUAUGGUAAAUGUCAGCGAUGGCAAAAGUAAACCAGAACCACUUAGACUGAAUUUAACUAUGGAACUAGUAACCUUACAAAGGCUAGAGGUCGUUACACCAACAAAUCCUCAUAAUGGGCCACCAAUGGAAUCAAAGGAGCGCAUGGUGCAGAUUACACGCCAAAAGCAAGGCGGCCUUGGUCUAAGCAUAAAAGGUGGUGCCGAGCAUAAAUUGCCCAUUUUAAUAUCGCGCAUCUACAAGGAUCAAGCGGCGGACAUUACAGGCCAACUAUUUGUUGGCGAUGCGAUAAUUAAGGUGAAUGGCGAAUACAUCACAGCCUGCCCGCACGAUGAUGCGGUGAAUAUAUUGCGUAAUGCUGGCGAUAUUGUUGUGCUGACGGUGAAGCAUUACCGUGCGGCGACGCCGUUCCUGCAAAAGCAACUUGCCAAGGAGACACCCGAUUCGGACAAUGAUGCAACAUGUGCGGAAUUAAAGGCUGACGAAGGCUACAAGUCCUCGGUAAAUAAUGGCACAAUAAGUCGCAGCUGUAGUCGUCCGAUGUCGAUUUGUUCGGAACCGGAAAAGAAAUGGGUGGAAGUGGUGGCAGUGCCGCUGAUGAUGGCCUACGUAACGCGCUAUAUCUACGGCACCGAUAAGUUACGCCCCAAUGCGUUUGAAGUACGCGGCCUUAAUGGCGCCUCGACUGGCAUAAUACACUGUGAUGAUUUGGCCAUUCUCAGUCAAUGGCUUAAAUUGAUAACCGAUAAUGUUGUUGGAUUGACACACUUACAAAUGAAGCUUUACAAUCGCAAUUUUGCCGUAGGCGAACGCAUCGAAUACAUGGGCUGGGUGAACGAGGGUGUUAUUAACAACAAUAUCUCCUGGCAAAGCUACAAACCACGUUUUCUAGUAUUGAAAGGCACUGAAGUGAUGCUUUUUGAAACACCACCGUUAAAUGUCGCCGGUUUGUCGAAGGCACUGGUGGCUUACAAGGUCUAUCAGACAAUGUUUCGUGUCGUUAAAGAAUCGGAAACGGUGGAUAGUCGUCAGCAUUGCUUUCUGUUGCAGAGUUCCGGUCAUGAGCCACGUUAUCUGAGCGUCGAGACGCGACAAGAGCUGCUGCGCAUCGAAAAUAGUUGGAAUGCGGCCAUAGUGACGAGCGUAAUUAAAUUGGGCCGCAAAACUUUCGCCGUCUCACAUCACGGCAAAAGUGGCGGUCUAACUUUGGACUGGCAGUCGGGUUUCUCGCUGGCGGAAGGUGCCGACUCGGCCAUCGUUUGGCAGUAUAAAUUUUCACAACUGCGCGGUUCCAGCGAUGACGGCAAAUCAAAAUUAAAACUACAUUUUCAGGAUCAUGAAACGCGCGCAAUUGAAACAAAAGAACUGGAAUGUCAAGUGCUGCAAAGCUUACUCUUUUGUAUGCAUGCCUUUUUGACCGCCAAAGUCGCCUCAGUUGAUCCGGCGUUUCUAAGUUCUAUACAACAAACCUAAAAUCGGCGCAUUGAAAACAUAUAAACAAACAAAUCGAAUGAAAUUCGUUGCGCUAUUGAAAUUUAAAAAGCGAAAAUGAGCUACAAAUGUGACGGAAAGAAAUUUAUUAUUGUAUUGAAUAAUUUAAACGGCAAGUAGGUACUUAAAAAAUUACAAACUAACUAAUAAAAAACAAAAAAAAAACAAUAUUAAAGAAUCUUAAAACACAAAACAUAAAGAAAAGAGAAAUAUUUAUAACGGAUAUUAAAGAAAAUUAGCUUAAAAUUUAUACUUAUACUUUGGCAUAUACCACUUAUAGAUAUUUAAAACAAUUACGGUACUUAGUAUGAAUAUAUUGAAAAGCAUGGCAAAUACGUGUGUGCAAAUAUUAUAUAUAAAAUAACUCAUAUUGAAUAUACACGUCUGAAAACAUUAAGGUCUUAUAUGCGAUAUAUAGACCUAAAUGCAUAUACAGAACACACAUACAUAGUUAUAUUCAUUGAGAUCUGAUGAUCGACAAGCAAAUGUUGGUGCAAGCGCGUAAGUUAAGCGGUUACCGCUAACUUUUUCCCAUUAUUAGUCAUUGUUAAUCAUUACUAUUAGCUUGUUAUAAUUAAGGUAUGUAAUUAAUAUAGUUAAAUAAUGUCAGCUCUACUGAUGAAAGAAAGAUUAUUUUCAAAUUUUGUUUAGCACAAGAAAAACUUAUGCACCAAACAAAUGUUUAAUUCUAUGAAAUAAAUAAUUAUAUAUACAUAUGUACAUAUUAAUGGUUCAAUGCUUCUAAAGCUCUGUUAUUUUAAAGAAAAUUUUAAACAAAACUGAAAUUUUAUAUAAGAAAAUAUCUAUUCUACCAUUUGCCUGCUUUCAGCUCUUUGAGAUCCAUUAGAUAUAUGUAUAAGGUGCAGAGUGAAAAAUAUUUUGUUUCAUAUAAAUGAAUUAAUUUAAAACUAAUUGGCUUCACAGCAGUAUAAUGACAUGCAGUUUUCAAAAUUAUGCUGCCUUUUAUUCGUAUGUAUUAAAAUGUUCACAAUUCCCCGAACAGUUACUUCACUAUUGUAUAGCUUCAAAAAAUAUGUGCUGAAAACAAAAAAUUAUUACUUGGCGCACUUAAAACGUUAUCAUUAGUUUUUAUAGUAUACAAAUUUUUAAAUUCUAAAAGUUAAAUACAAUAACUGUAAAUAUCUAUUAACUUUAUUUAAUAUAUUUUAUAGGAAAAUUUUACUCGAGUACAUUAGUAAUUUUAUGCUCUAAAUUGUUUUGUAAAAAUUUUAUUUAUAAUAAAUAGUACACCUAUACCACUCCAUGAAAAGUAAGAACAAAGAUAAAUAGACAUUUGUCUGCCUCCAUGUUGUAGUGAUUGAAGAUUCGGUUUAUCACUGCGAAGAGCGUAAAGACUAGUUUUCAAUAUAAGUAAAAUGAUACAUGGGGCUUUCGGAUACGGCUUAAGGGGCACUCCUAGUGUGAAAUUUAAAAAAAAACGACCUUCAAACAUAACACGCUAAAAUUUUAAAUCGAUAUUUUAAAUAGUUAGAGUUUUGGAUUAAAACCCUCCAAAUUGUAGCCAUUGAGUUCAAUCAGUAUAUAUUUAAACGCGUUUUUCUCAAAACUACAUUUUUUAAUUUGCUGCAGUGAUUACCCGAAGACAAAUGAAGCGAUCACUAUCAAAUUUGUUCUGCAGGUUCUGUAUAUGUUUUUCCAUUCAAUAAUCGAUUAGUUUUAUUAUCGAAAAUGUAAUUUUUGCAGGCCAAAAACGACCAAAUCUUCACUUUCAACUGUUUUUAAAACGCCGUCAUUUUUUUAACAUAUUAAUUUUUUUCCAACCUUAGAUCAUUAUACGCGCAAUAUCUUCGAGUAAAGAAUUUUUACCAUAGGGUUUAUCCACUGCAAAGACCGAAAUCAUUGCAGCAGUGAAGGACCUUUUGUUUUAGAGUCGUCGGAAAUCACAUGUAAUUUGAAAAAUAAUAAAUUUUUAUCUUCGAAAAUUCUACUGUGUAUCCUUAAAUUAUAUAUAAAUAUAACCUUAAUAGUUACAGUAGUAACACCCAGAAGGAAACGUCGGAGACCAUAUAAAGUAUAUAUAUAAAUGAUCACCGUGACGAGCUGAGUUGAUUUAGCCAUGUCCGUCUGUCUGUCCGUCCGUCCGUCUGUCCGUCUGUAUAUACGCGAACUAGUCCGUCAAUUUUUGAGAUAUCGAUCUGAAAUUUUGAACAAGUCUUUUUCUUACCAAGAAGCGUGUGUAUGGAAAACUCUUUCAUUUGACGAGGUAUCUUCAUAAAAUUUGGCGUGUAUUAUUAUUUAAAGCAUUCAUCUAAUCUCCGAAGAAAUUGUAUAGAGCGGAUGACUAUAGCAUAUAGCUGCCAUAUUAACUGAACGAUCGGAGUAAAGUGCUUGCAUGGAAAAAAAUUUUUUUGACGAGGUAUCUUCACGAAAUUAGGCACGAGUUAUUGCUUAAGGCAACAAAUUAUUCUCCACAGAAAUUGGUCAGAUCAGAUCACUAUAUCAUAUAACUGCCAUACAAAUUGAACGUUCAGAAUCAAGUUCUUGUAAGGGGCCUUUGUAUUUAUGAAGGGUAUUAUAGCUUCGGCGCAACCGAAGUUAACGUUUUUUCUUGUUUCUUUUUUUAAUUGCUAAAAAUUGCUUUUUCUAGGCUACUCUACACAACAGACACUAGAUCUGCCCCUUUAAUUACUCUUUCCUUGGAAAAUUAAUUAUAAAAGCCUCUAAAAAUUAAAAGCUCACAAAUUUAAAAUAUAUUUCUCUUUAAAUGGUCCAUUCAACAGAUACUUGCAACAUAUAGACUUCUUUUUAAUGUUUAACACAAAAAAUAACCUUAGCGCUUUUCUUUUGUCACAAGGAAGUAACUGAUUUGGGCGAAAUAACAAUAUUAUAUAAUGAAAUAAUUUUAUUUUUAAUUAAAUGCACUAUCUAACAAUAAAUUCUCCUCAAAUUGAUUUUAUUUCACCGAAUCCUACAAUUAAACGUUAAAAGCUUCGAUUUUUUUUUUUUUUUGAACACUCAGUCACAAUAUGUCAAUUUAAAAUUGUGUCUUCUCCAAGCAAAGCAAAUUAAAAUUUAAAAAAAAAAAAAACUUUUAACCAAAAAACUUACACUUAUAUAAAUACAUAACUGCAUAUAGUAUUACAUACGAAUAUGCGAUAAGUGCAUACAAGCAAUAGGUAACAUAAUAUAAAAUGUAUAAAACCUUCCAGUAUGUGUGCAACAAAUAUUUACUACACUAUGCAACAAAAAUCUCAACCUAGCCACCUUCUCUACCAAAAACACAAACAAACAAAAAAACAAAUAAUAAAAGCAUUAACAUUUAAAUGUAUUUAUGUACUAUAUUAUAUAGAACUUGACAGGCUUUCCAAAUAAAAAGUAAAACUUAAAAUUAACAAACCAUAUAUAUAUAUAUACAUAUAUACCGUGACACACACACAGAGACAUGUAUAUUGCCGAUAUAACAAAAUGAAAUCAAAUAUUAAAACCAAUUACUUUAAAAUGUCACUCAUACAUACAAGUAUACCUAUAAAUAGUUUUUAAAAGCAAAAUGCAAACAAAUAUAAUACCGAUAUAUACGCGCAAGUGCAAAUGUCACCGAAACGUCAACAACUCAGAAUUGACAGCUCAAGUAAAUGUCAAAACACAACUCAUCAACUUAACCAUAUCAAUCGCAUAGAAACGAAAAACAAAAUUUAAAUACAAAUACAAAA